CUGAUUAUGUAUUGAAUGCUGUUGUCAAGGUAUCUUUUUGUAUUUUUCUGCUGAGGAUGGGCCAGAUUGGGAAGGGCGAUACAAGGGUGAGACUUGGUGUUGAUGUUUUGAAAUAUCAAAGGUGGACAGGGUCUUCGCGGAGAUCACUUCUCAGAUAUCUCCACAAUUACAGAUCGGGGAUCUCCCAAAAUCAAGAAGAUUGGCGCAUAUGGCUAUAUCUCUUCACCUUACAAUUUGUAUGGCACUUUGGCCCGGGGUUGUGGUGUGGUAGGGAUGAACAGGGGAUAAUCCCACACGGGAGUUUCGAACAACAUCUAGUUCACGUUUGGCUGGAUAUCUCCACCACCACACGGGGUAUGCGGUCGGCCAUGGGGUCCAAAUGCUCGUAUGAUCGAGGGCUUUUCGAUGGAUCUAUCGGCGGGUUCUUAUUCGAAAAAUCGAGCGAGUUCGUGGUGGGGCGGUUGACUGAUCACUGAUUCUCAGCUGCUAUGAACGCGUGUAUAUUCUUCCACUCUGAAGCUUCACUGCAUACAUCAUCACAUAUGUGUAUAAAUAUCCAUCUUAAUCAUCAAUUCUUGCACUUUCUCUUUCUUUCCUUCUCUAAUGUUUUUAUCUUUGUUACAUAAGAUCU